UCUUCUGGCCACAGGGCUGCUGCGCAGGCAGUGACUGCCUGCUGGGCCUGGAGACUUGGCGGCUGCGGACUGCCCAGCUCAGAACAGCCCCUCUUUGACCUCACAUGGUGGAGAAGCAGCCCCAUGAAGGUGCCCAGCCAUGCAAUGUUCCUGGAAGGCCGUCCUCCUCCUUGCCCUGGCCUCCAUCGCCAUCCAGUACACGGCCAUUCGCACCUUCACCGCCAAGUCCUUCCACACCUGCCCGGGUCUGGCGGAGGCGGGGCUGGCCGAGAGGCUGUGCGAAGAGAGCCCCACCUUCGCCUAUAACCUCUCCCGCAAGACCCACAUCCUCAUCCUGGCCACCACGCGCAGCGGCUCCUCCUUCGUGGGCCAGCUCUUUAACCAGCACCUGGACGUCUUCUACCUGUUUGAGCCCCUCUACCACGUCCAGAACACGCUCAUCCCCCGCUUCACCCAGGGCAAGAGCCCCGCGGACCGGCGGGUCAUGCUGGGAGCCAGCCGUGACCUCCUGAGGAGCCUCUACGACUGUGACCUCUACUUUCUGGAGAACUAUAUCAAGCCGCCGCCCGUCAACCACACCACCGACAGGAUCUUCCGCCGCGGGGCCAGCAGGGUACUGUGCUCUCGCCCCGUGUGCGACCCUCCGGGCUCCGCGGACCUGGUGCUGGAGGAGGGGGACUGCGUGCGCAAGUGCGGCCUGCUAAACUUGACGGUGGCCGCCGAGGCCUGUCGGGAGCGCAGCCACGUGGCCAUUAAGACGGUGCGGGUGCCCGAGGUUAACGACUUGCGGGCCCUGGUUGAAGACCCCCGGUUAAACCUCAAGGUCAUCCAGCUGGUCCGAGACCCACGUGGCAUUCUGGCUUCCCGCAGCGAGACCUUCCGCGACACGUACCGGCUCUGGCGGCUCUGGUACGGCACCGGGAGGAAGCCCUACAACCUGGACGUGACGCAGCUGACCACGGUGUGCGAGGACUUCUCCAACUCCGUGUCCACCGGCCUCAUGCGGCCCCCGUGGCUCAAGGGCAAGUACAUGCUGGUGCGCUACGAGGACCUGGCCAGGAACCCCAUGAAGAAGACCGAGGAAAUCUACGGCUUCCUGGGCAUCCCCUUGGACAGCCACGUGGCGCGCUGGAUCCAGAACAACACGCGGGGAGACCCCACCCUGGGCAAGCACAAAUACGGCACCGUGCGAAACUCGGCGGCCACGGCCGAGAAGUGGCGCUUCCGCCUCUCCUACGACAUCGUGGCCUUUGCCCAGAACGCGUGUCAGCGGGUGCUGGCGCAGCUGGGCUACAAGAUGGCCAAGUCGGAGGAGGAGCUCAAGAACCCCUCCAUCAGCCUGGUGGAGGGGCGGGACUUCCGCCCUUUCUCGUGACCAGGGCUCUGUGGGUGGGGGCGAGUGGGGGCCACGGUGUCGGCUUUGAUAAAACGGACCGUUUUGAACUGUUGCCUUACUUCCCCCUCCCUCUCCCUCCCCGUCUUUGUGUCCUCCCUGCCCCCCUGUCCAGACCCCGCUUCCUCUGCCUCUCUUUGUCUCUGAAAUUUGCACUAAGUCUUGGACAGGAAUCUCUGGGGCAGAGGGGGCCUGAAGUGGGGUCCAGCCCCAGCCCCACCCCGUUCAGACACAAGGAUGGGUGUCUCUGGUAGAUGGUGACAAUGUUUACAAGCACCGCACUUACACAUUCACACAUGCGCGCACACACACGGGCACCUGAGAGGAGAGACACCCCAAACCACACAACUUCUGAAGCUUCUCCAAUGGACGAGCGGCGAAGGUAUGGUAGUUUUUGCACUGUCUUACUUCUACGAGGUAAGAAGUUAAAAACAAAAAGGCCACCUCUCUCUAAUUUAUGAAUGGCGUUUAUCCCUCCCCAUCCCGCUUCUGCCCCCCAGUGCCCACUUCCCCUCCCUCCCUUGGAGCAGAGAAACUGCCCCCUCCUGCCCGCCCUUGCCUGUCAGGUGAGCAGGUUUUUACUGUGAGGUGAAUGUGGACCUUGUUUAUUUUUUCCAGUCUGUGGCAAUGCUGUUCGUCUGUCUGAGUCUUGUGGCUGCCCCUGGACCAGUGACGGCUGAUAAAUGUUAUGGUUUUCUGAUUGAUCUUGGGGGUCCAUCUGUGAUAUUUCUUUGUGCCAAAAAGAAGAAAAAAAAAGAGUGGUUCGGUUUGCUAAAUGAACAUCGAAAUGCUUUAUCUGUGUUUUCUGUAAAUAAAAGAGUGCAAUAA